GCCUCUGACUCCCCUCCCCCUGUUUUCAGAUACAGCUCCCUCUCUCCUGAACUGAAGGACAAAGCGCUGGCCCUGUGGCAGAGGAAGUGGGACAAGUUCAUUUCUGAGAACUCUCAAUAGAGCCCAGAGCACAAGAGGGAAUGACUGGGAACCAGGUGGCAAAGUCACACCAGGCCACGGGGUUCAUGUGCCAGAUAAAUCCACAGAGAUGUGUCCAGGACAGAGAGGUUCUCUUCCACUAAGCAUGAGCCAUGGUCCCAGUGUUGCCAACCUCUUGCCUUCGUUGUGUGCCUCCACUAAAAAUAGUGAAUUUGGAAAGAUCUCAGGAAAGCAAAUGCUGCCCUCUGGUGGAAUGUGGGCUGUUUGCUCUGUGUCAGGAAGUGGUGCUGUAACCACAGUGCUGUAAGCUCCCACAAAAUGGAGGAAUCCCUGAUAUGUCUGGAAGGAAAGGUUCUUGAAACGUUCCAUAUCGUGGAUAUAGACAGCGCACUUUAUUGGUAACAAAGUGAGAAUUAUCUGACUGACCUGACAAUCUUAAACACUUAAUGUAUAUUUUUAAUAUUUUAAUCCCAGUGAUUUUUAUUUCACCAAUCUGGAGCGCCCAAUCACAUUUCUAAACCUGACUCAUCUCUGGUGUCAGCCUUUAUCAGUUCAGGGGUGUGUAUCAUGAAACAGGAUUACUGAGUUAUCUGGAUAACUGCACUGAGUAAAACCCAGAACCAUCCCAAGUGCGGAAUAUGGACUGGAGUAAAAAUAGCUGUUCUGGGUUUUACUCAGCGCAGUUAUCCGGCUAAGUCAGUAAUGCUGCUUUGUGAUGCAGGCCCCAGGAGAGUAUAUAUUAGCAGGUGUCUUAUCUGAAGCAUGUGCAUACGUCUGCAGUCCACCAGCAAAACUGUGCAACUGCUUUGGUUGAAAGGCACCUAAUAUAACUUGAACCAGUGCUCUACCCUGAAAAGCCACACAAGAGUCCUUAAAUACUUGAUUCUAAUAUUGGAUGCUGCAGCUGCAGGCUUGGUCUUCACCUGAUGUGACUGAGGAAAUGGAGACAAGUCUCAGUGAUGUGUGAAUGCUUUUAUAUGGAUAAAGAUUUUUACACUGUGGAGUUAUGAGGACAUUUACUGGUGUCGUCCGUUUAAUGUUUUAUAUGACUGAAAUUAGUAGUCGCACAGGAAUUGCCUUAAAAGGCUAUGUCAUUUUUGUCUGUCACAUUCUGCUUGCUUGUAUUACUAAAUUAAAUGGGGAGUCUACGUCACACACAACAAAAUGUUCUAAUUGGCGAAAGAAUAAGAAUCUGCUAUAUUUUGCGGAAGUCAUUCAUUACAUUGUUGAUAAAGUAACUUACCAACUCUUCGCAUUUUAUGAUUGAUUUAUUGUUAACAGUUAUGUAAUUACCAAAUAUUUCUGUUAUUUUUUUGUAGUACAAACAUGCGACCUAUGUGUUAGUAGCUUAUUUGGAAUGUGCCCAACAGGACAAAAAUCAUCAUUUUUUUUUCAGUAUAGAAAUUGUGACUAUGUGAAAUAUUGCUACAGUUCAUGACUUCAAUUCUUUGGAUUUUAUGGCCAUUUCCCAAACUCUCAAAAGGAGGGAAAAAAUGAUGUGCGUCUAUUACGGUCAGCCACCAAAUGGAAAUCUGACAAUAGGUUAACUCCAGACCACACACUUGUUACUAGUAAAACUCCAUAGUUUUUAACAAUACAAGGGACAUGUCAUUUGUGAAUGGAACGGGUCUCAUAUUUAAUACAUGUGGAAAAAUAGGACCAGUGUCAAGGUUUAUGGUAAUACGUGACUGAGAUAAGACUGAGAUUAAACAUCUGAUUAACUAUGAACCAAGAUUUCUAUGUUGUCACCGUGUUACACCUAAUACAUUUUAAGUUUCGAGAAAAACGGUUACACUUUACAAUACGGUCGCAUGAAUUGGCACUAACUAAUGUAGUUGUACUAACUACUGAAAAGCUUUACAUCUUUGUUAAUGUAUUUGUACAUCGUUAGUCAUGUUCACAAUUACACCAUUUAAUGCCAAUUCAUAUGGGAAUAAAAAAACAGUUUUUGUUAACGGUUAACUAAAAAAAAAAUUAUUUUACGUUUUGCUAAUGAACAAAUAAUGACUAAUGCAUAGUUAAAUACAUUAAACUAAUAAAUUAGUUAAUGUAUUUAACUACUAACCAAUUAAAAGUUAAUUUCAUGCUUAAUUGAUGUAUUUGCAAAUCAGUCAUUCAUGUUAAUACCUGCAAUAAUGUAAAGUGUUAGACGGGAAAGUAAUAGGAAAAGGUUCCUUUAACAUUUCUUUUCCAUUUCUUGUACAACUUGCACGAUCACAUUUCUCAUUUAACAAAACAAUAAUCCUGACUUUUAGAUCGGCUACAAAAAUGUAAACAACGUAUUUUCUCUUUGUUGGUCAAUACAAAACUUUAUUUUUCAAUCAUUUGAAAAAGUUUAUAUUUCACCGAACAAAUAGCCUUUUAAAGAUAACGAUAAAAUUUUCUUUUCAAAUGACCACUAGGCGACGCGCGAUACCUUACCUUAUCAUCUUCGAAGAUCUGCGAAGUUGCACUGCAGUUCCGCCAAAGAACUCAAAGUAUUCUGCAGUCAAUUAAAAAAUUUAGUUGAAACCGAUUCUAAUUCUCACUUAAUUUUACCAAGAGCACAUUUAGUUUAGACAUUGUUUUAAUGUAACACUUCAUACAUCGUCAAUAGUAUUUUCUUGCUGAUUUUAAUAGUUUGCCUUCUGGUUCAAGUUAACGUGAAAUAUAAAACUCACCGUCACCAAACCGUCAAAGUGAAUACAUGCAGAAAGCAGCAUAACCACAUCGUCCCUUCCUGAUUCCAGUUUAAACCAAAACAAACUGGUCAUGCUGGUGACCAGCAUGUUAGACGUAGGUUUGACAAAACCUACCUCCACUCAUGCUGGUCUUGCUGAUGACCCGUUUAUGCUGUUCUUGCAGGUACAUCUCUUUUAUGUUUCUUGUUUUGGGAUACCGAAAUGUAUAAACAAAAAUAGUCCUUAAUAAAAGCUGAGAAUCAGCAUUUUAGCCGUAUGAUAUUUGAUUGCAAAUCUAAAAUUGUGGAGUACAGAACCAAAUCAAGAAAAAAAAGGCUUUGUUCCUAACAUUAUGGAGCUCACUGCAUAUAGGCUAAGCUAAUAAACACACAUAUUUGCACGAUAUGACCCUUCUUAACAUUCUGAGACACAACAGUACAACGGGCGGCACAGUGGUGCAGUGGGUAGCACUGUCGCCUCACAGCAAGAAGGUUGCGUAUUUGAAUCUCGGCUUGGGGCCUUUCUGUGUGGAGUUUGCAUGUUUCCUCCGGGUACUCUAGUUGGUAAAUGGACUGCAUUUAUAUAGCGCAUUUAUCCAAAGCGCUUUACAAUUGAUGCCUCGCAUUCACCAGAGCAAUUAGGGGUUAGGUGUCUUGCUCAGGGACACUUCGACAUGCCCAGGGUGGGGGAUCGAACCGGCAACCCUCCGACUGCCAGACAACCGUUCUUACCUCCUGAGCUAUGUCGCCCCUUCCACAGGCCAAUUGGAGACCCUAAAUUGCCCAUAGGUAUGAGUGUGUGAGUGAAUGGUGCGAUAGAUUGGUGGCCUGUCCAGGGUGUAUUCCUGCCUCUCGCCCAAUGAACGCUGGGAUAGGCUCCAGCACCCCCUGCGACCCUGCUCAGGAUAAGCGGGUAUAGAUAAUGGAUGGAUAGAUGGACAACAGCACAACAUUAGGUCAUACCAUUAUCAUCAUCCAACCCAUUUAAAUUUUUGAUUGUGAUUGUCAUAUCCUAUUACUUAAUGUGAGUUUAGAAUUCAGUUGGAUUCCGUUUUAAUACCCCAAAUCACAUCAUGGAUUACAGAGCAACAAUUAUUCACGGUCAGUUGCAAACAGGCCAAAAUACAAAUUCCACAAAGCCAGUUUUUCCAUACAAAACUUGUAUACAUGCUUGCGCUUUUCAGAUAAUUAUCCAUUAGUCAUGAGAACAUUUUAUGCCUGCAGUCGAAGACUAUGAGCCUUGUUUUCAGUGUGUAUUGAGCUUUGUCCAUGAUAAACUACAGAGUGCUGUUGUUUUCGUGAUGAGUAAUUUGUGAGCAUUAUAUUGUUGAUCACAUGCUAGGACGUUAAAAUGCUGUGCAUGGUGCAUUUUCUCUUGGACUGGGAAAUUCAGAAGAGAUUACAAUGUUCUAUGCUGUGGAAAAAACCACUUAGUUUGACAUCAGUGUUCAGUAUCAUUUUAUGUUGUUGCUAACUUACCGUUUUUCCUGUCAGUGGCUGAUAAAACAGUGGAAAUGGUUUUUGAUUUUUCUCAGUAAGUGACUGACAAGUCUUGGAAUGGGAGGGGAUGCCCAGAGAAAGAAGCUGGGUAUGAUCCUUGAAACUAGCUCACUGUCCACUGUGUUCUUCCCAGCCUACAGCAUGGCACUGCUGUCCUCCCUGCAUGGUUCCCAGGUAACUCUGCUGUCAGUGUUGCUGCUAUGCUGGGCAGGUGUGUGUGGCGGGAUCCCAGACCCUCGCCAGAGAGAAUUACUGAUACAGCAGGAGGCCUCCCGACAAACAGGGGACACUGUUGUGCUGACAGAGGCUGAGCGGAGGCUGAGUGCUCAGCUACACAAGUUGAAACAGCGGGAAAUGGAGGAGCCACAAUUCCCUCCAGCAAUACACUUCUUCAAAGCCCUACCCCUCAUCCAGCGGAGCCCAGUCUUUAGGCUGCUACAGAAGAUGCCCAAAGGGGCUGCUCUGCACAUCCACGAUUUUGCUGUGGUGGGGGUGGAAUGGCUGGUGAAGAACGUGACCUACAGGCCGCACUGUUAUAUCUGCUUCACCGCAAGCCAAUCAGUCCGCUUCCUCUUCUCUGCCAAGCGGCCCCGCCCCCUUCCGCAGUGUUCUGCUUGGGUUCUGCUGGAGACACUGAGGGGAAAGGUGGACAACACCACCGACCUGGACAACAGCCUGAAGCAGAACCUCGCAUUGCUCACAGAACACCCUGCCACAGCCUACCCAAGCCAGGAUGCCUUGUGGGACAGGUUUGAGGAGACUUUCAACGCAGCACCUGGACUGAUCAGCUAUGUACCUGUUUUCAAGGACUAUUUCUACCAGGGUGUGCAGCAGUUCUAUACAGACAAUUCCAUUUACCAUUUACCAUUCAUGUACCUGGAGCUGAGAUCCGGAGUGUCACUGACCUAUGAGCUUGAUGGAAGUACACAUGACAGGGCCUGGUGCUUGAACACCUAUCAGGAUGUGACCAGGAAGUUUGUGGAGGACCAUCCUGAUUUUCUGGGAGUUCGAAUAAUCCUUUCUGUACACAGGGGUCUCAAUGUGUCUGAGGUCAAAGCUGUAGUGGAGGAGGCACACCUGCAGAAAGAGUUUCCGGAAGUCAUGGCUGGAUUUGACCUGGUGGGCCGUGAGGAUGGAGGGAGACCCCUCUGGUACUUCAGGGAGGCCUUGUCCCUGCCAGCAGAGCUUGGAGUCACUCUGCCCUACUUCUUCCAUGCAGGAGAAACAGACUCGGAGGGCACAUACGUGGAUGAGAACCUUCUGGACGCCCUGCUUUUCAACACCACUCGCAUUGGGCACGGGUUUGCCCUGGCACGCCACCCUCUAGCCAAGGAACUCUCCAGGAAGAGGGGUGUGGCUGUGGAAGUCUGCCCCAUAUCCAAUCAGGUUCUUGGGCUUGUCUCGGACCUGAGGAAUCACCCUGCUGCAGCACUCAUGUCUGAAGGCCAUCCAAUGGUGGUCAGCUCAGAUGACCCAGCCACCUUUGGAGCGACUGGGCUCUCGUACGACUUCUACGAGGCGUUUGUGGGCCUGGGCGGGAUGAACGCCCACCUGGGCACGCUCAAGGAGCUGGCUAUCAACUCCAUCAGAUACAGCUCCCUCUCUCCUGAACUGAAGGACAAAAUGCUGGCCCUGUGGCAGAGGAAGUGGGACAAGUUCAUUUCUGAGAACUCUCAAUAGAGCCCAGAGCACAAGAGGGAAUGACUGGGAACCAGGUGGCAAAGUCACACCAGGCCACGGGGUUCAUGUGCCAGAUAAAUCCACAGAGAUGUGUCCAGGGUGGAGAGCAGCUCAUGACUAACAAAAAAAACAGAAUAAAUUUAGAACCCGCACACUA